CUUCCGUCAAAAAUUCGCAGUUACUCAUAUCAACAGGAAUACCUUCUUUGGAUCAUAUGAUAGGUGGAGGUUUACCCGUUGGUUCAAUAUUUCUAAUUGGUUCGUAUUCAAAUAAUCUAUUCAAUAUUUAAAUUACAUAGAAUUUUUGACAAUUAAUGACAAUAUUUCUACACAGAUAGACUGUGUCGAACAGAAAUUUUCAUAAUAGUUAUUAAAGAAUUAAUUCAAUUAUGUUAACAAAUAAAUACAUAGGAUAAGCUUAUGUUAACGAAUAAAUACAAGGUAUAGGAUAAGUUCUACAGGCAAGUCUUACCCAAGUAGCUCCGAUCUGUUGACGAUCCCUUGACAAAAAAACAUCUAUGACACGUACCUCUACUAUUAAGUAUGUUCUACCAUUUGCUGCAUACUUGUUUACUAAUUAUUUAAUUAAUUCCCUAGUAAUUACUAAAGAAUUUGCAAAAUUCUGAUUGAUUUCCUCGUUCAAUUUCACAUGGUCUUCAUAAAUAAGAAGAUAAGUAUGGCUUAUAUGCAAAAGUCAUGCUAAAAUACUUUGUGGCAGAAGGAGUAGUUACUUCUCAGCCUGUAUUGGUUGCAUCACAAGACGUCGAGCCUUCGAAAUUUGUGUCAGAAUUGCCUGCUGUUGUGAAUGAUUUGGAGACGGAAGUAACAAAUUCAGAUCAUAUGAAAAUUGCUUGGCGCUACCAGAAUAUGAGAGUGGUGGAUUCAUCUCCUACAGGAAGUCAGGCGUUUGGUCACUUUUAUGACCUUACAAAAUCGAUGCAACAGGAGCUCCUGGAACAAGCGGAUAUAAAGGAGUGGCAUCAGGGUGAUCGACAGAACGAUACGUUUGAGAAUACUGCUUAUUCAGACCUGUUACGCACCGUUCAGGAAACUUUGCAUAAUGGGGAAUAUUCCGUCGACGAAACGCCAGAGAAGAGGAAGAUUUUAAGAAUUGCUAUUCAUUCCCUGGGAUCCAGAUUAUGGCUCUGCGACACAGUUGACUCGUCGCGUUGUGAUUUGUUCAAGUUCCUCUAUUGCUUAAGAGCACUGUUGAGGAAUUCCUACGCUGUUGGCCUGAUAACGACUCCGGUUAACACUUUCGGCAACAAUGAUGCUGUCGUCGAGAGAAUCGAACACAUGUCGGACAUAGCGAUCAGGUUGGAAUCGUUCGCGGGGUCCGCGAAAGAGACUAAUCCGUUAUUUAAAGAUUAUCACGGUCUCUUGUACAUGAAUAAAUUGUCUGCAUUAAACAUGUUGGCACCUCAGUGUCCACAAUUCAGAGAUCUAGCGUUUAAAUUACGCCGAAAAAAGUUUAUUAUAGAGAUUUUACAUUUACCACCUGAAUUUGCGGAUACGGCUCAACGAGAACAAGAUGACGCGAUAAUAUCAGGAUGCAUGAGCGGAUCUCGUAAAAAUAUACUGGACUUUUAGAUUUAAGUCAAUUUUGUACCGAUUUAACUCAAUAAUAAUUGAUAUUUCUAUUUAAAAUCAAUAUUAUAUUUUUUACUUAUGUCUUAUAUGUUACUUUUAUUAUAACCGAGAAACUUAAUACAUUUUUCGAUUAUGAUCUUCCCUUUUAUCUUUUGUGACUGCUUCGUACGUAGUAAACCGGAUUUUUACGUACACGUAGGUCACGCCUAUCCCGUUUAACGGGAAAUGAAUGGUGCGACGGCUGAAUUAAUGCAGACAAGAGGAGAUAGGCUUCGUGCACACUUACAAUAAUGCGUGUAAAAUAUCUUUUUGCCGUGUAGCACAAUAUAUGAAUUUAACCUGCAGGGCGAUUCGCAUUGUAGGAAAAUAAUUUUAUGAUAUUUUCAAAUAAAACUUAAAUGGAUCAAUCAA